AUGGCUGCUUCAUGGCUUAACCAACGAGACGCUGUUGAUGCUGAAUAUUCUCUGUUGACGGCAUGUUGUGCUCUUUCCCAGGCUGCUUAUGCAAAGGAUACAACCGAAUGUCUGUAUCGGCUCAAUGAUGAAUUAAAAGAAAUUCCCCAUAACAUUCAUACUGUAUUACUUGCGGAAAACUUUGUGCGCCCCUAUGUGCGAGCGUAUAACAUUGAUCGCAAUGAAGUGUACAUCGCUUUCCGUGGUACAACACCCGAUUUCAAGUCGUUGCGUCCAAGCUUAAACGCAGUUAGUAUGCCCAAUGAUUUUGAAGGUAAUUUUCAAGCUGGUUAUCUGAAGCAAGCUGGUGAAUUUAAACUCGAACCUUAUUUGCAUCUUCUUUCGCAUAAUACAAAUGUUCGCCUAGUCUUCACGGGACACUCACUAGGUGGUGCUAUCGCUGCCAUUGUAACAGCGCUCAUGGUAUCUCAUCUUCGAAUGAAUUCAGAUAUGAAGAAACGAGUGCGCUGCGUAACAUUCGUUACUCGAAUGAAAAUGACAUAUGGCGGUCAUGUAUAUGAGGGCGACAUGAGUAAUUUUAAAAGACAUCGACAGGGGCGAAACGUGUAUCCAGAUAAAGGAGUGUAUGAGGGAGAGUGGCGCGAUAGCCUACCACAUGGGAAUGGAACAUACCGAAACAAGAACGGUGCUGUGUAUGUCGGAGCUUGGAAAGAGGGCAAAAAACACGGACAUGGAAGUUUUACGUACGUGGAUGGCCGCAUUGAUAUUGGUACUUGGAUUGACGAUAAAUUUAUUUCUUAG